AUCGAGUUCACAAUCACAAUAAAGCACAUGUGCGUGUGUAAAACGGACGAUAUAUAUUUGCUCCUUUUGUGAAGAGCCAUUCUGAAGAAAAACUGUAGAAGUCAAGAUGUCCGAAGAGGGAAACUCGAAGGUGCAGGACCCAAAUGAGUCCAUUAAGCCCCGGUUGGACCCAAACCAAGUUCCCAAACUUGUUGCCAGGCUCUACGGAAUUCAGACAGGAGACAUCAAGUCGUUGCCUAGUUACGAUGAUCUCAACUUCUUCUUUCGACCCGCUACAGACCACGUUGACAACAAGAACAUUCCAGAACUCAAUAAAGCUGGAUAUGUUCUUAAGGUCAUGAACUCACUGCAAUCAGCUUCUCCCGAAGGAAUAGAUGCCUCUAACGCCCUGUGUGCGCAUGUGCGGGAGCGAGAUAUUCCGACUCAAGAGGUCAUGCAGAAUAAAGAUGGCCAACCCUACAGUCUAGAAACGUUUACCAACACUGACAAAGAUGGUGCAUCUCAACAGUUCGGACCCUACCUUGUACGUUUGUUGACGUAUAUUCCUGGUUCAACGUUUGUACAGACACCAUACGUCCCUGGGUCGUUCUAUAACAUCGGCAAAACUGUAGGAAAAUUGCAUAAUGCAAUAGCUGACGGAUUCAACCAUCCUUUCUAUGAGAACCAUCGCUUCUUGUGGAGUCUCACAGAGAUGACUCAGCUACGGGAAUUCCUUUUUGCCGUCAAAGACGCCAAUGAUCUUGAUGUCGUCACUAAGGUUGUAGGUGCAUUUGAGCGUGAUAUCGUUCCUAGAUAUCCUGAGUUUACACCAGGUGUUAUUCACGGAGACAUAAAUGCUUACAAUACGAUUGUCUUCGAAGUUUCUGGGCAGGAAAUGAUGCCAUGUGAUCAACGCGCUCAUGACGUCACUGCUCUCAUAGAUUGGUCAGACGUUACAAAGUCGUACUUUGUAUUUGACAUCGCCAUUGCAAUUGCAUAUUUUUCAAUCGACUGCGAAGAGAAUAAACUACUAGAUGUCGGUGGACAUAUUUUGAAAGGCUACACAAAGUACCGAAAACUCAAUGAAGCUGAAAUUAAAAGUAUCCCUUUGCUUGUGUGCAGUCGAUUGUGUCAAACCCUGGUUUUCGGUGCGCAUACGUACACUCAACAACCUGGAAAUGAGUACGUGCUUGCAACAGCUAAAAAAGGAUGGCCUCUUCUCCAUAAGUAUUGGAGUGCAGACGAGUCCAAAUUGUUAAACAAAUGGAAAGUUAUCAUAGAAUCAAACUGAAAUUCAGACAUACAGUAAUUGCUUUAAAGGUCAUUAUGUAUGUGUAUGUAAAUGUCAUGUGCUAAGUGAUUGUAUGUAUGGUGUAAUGUUUAAGUGGUUAAACAAGUUUAAUACUUUUAUCCCACAUUCGCAUUGGUUUAUGGCUUUAUUGGUCUCAGUUGGUUUCAACAGGUAUUAUGUUACUAGAACCUGAACUGCGAGUUUCAAGUCUGUGUAACUUGUUCACUAAGACUCAACCAUAAUAUCGUUAGUUUAGUUAUUCAAGGAACUUGUGUUUAUGUUAUAUUAUACUGUCACGCAGUCUAGUGAGUUUUUAUAUCAUACCUUUUAGUCCUGAAUUUGUGAGAAUUAAACUAGGUAAUCAGC